AUGGCUACAGACGGCGGUGAAAGCUGAGGAGGUCGUGAGCAAUCCUGUGUGGGGCAAUCUCCUUAUGACGCUUCAUUGUCGUCCAGGUACCGCUGCCAGUAUGGUCACGGACUCACGACCCUGUGUGGCUCUCUUCAUUACCCCAUCCAUCCCCCAAAUCACAGAAGCCGACGACCGCAGGAGCACGCGCGUCAUUUUAAGGCGAUGUGUUGCAAGAGAGUCGCUCCUUACAUAGAGACGUCGAGGUCACUCACCACUGUCCAUGCCGCACGCCGAGACAUCGGACACAGGAUCGCAAUUGCCAAACUCACUCCAGGUACUUGUAGCACUGCGGUUUGCACAAAGCUGUGCACGUGGGAAACGACGGCUUUGCUUUUGCGAAGCACGGCGCUCCAUUCACGAUUACAGAUAUCGCCGCGUUCGCGCGAAAACGUGGAUCGUUCAUGGGGUUUCUACACUCGUGGACGACGAGUCGAUGCCAUGGCCCAUGGCCUCAUUGCCAGUCCUGCGUAAGGAUUGGACGGGCAUGGCUGUCCUUUCGCUGCCAGAUCCGUGUCGAUGACGUUUGUCCCGUCGGUUCAGAUCAACCAGUCGCGCGAGCAGUGACACGUCGGACGGAAUGCCGUCUAGGGGGGCGUUGGUUUUGUGGAGCCUCGU